UCUAAGCUUAAUACUCGACAAACCGUCUAUAGAACAAAACGACACAAUUCCAAGACUCGGAAUAUGCUGCGCUAGCAUCGUCAAUUGCCGCCCCGAUUCAAUAUGGCAGUUUCACCUCUCAUUGUCCCAUCAGCGGGCUCUGGCGAGAGAAGUGCAAGCAGAUCGAAGCUCUCAAGCGCCGUCCCCAGUGGCAAUGGGACACCUUCUGAUGGUCCAGCUGCAAGUGCCGGCACGACUUAUGAUUUAGCAGAGCAGAUGAACGAAAAUGAGAGAUCUAAAUAUGUCAAAGGCAAGAAGCUCGGAGAGGGAACAUAUGCCAACGUUUAUCUGGGCCACCUGAGGACCGAUCCCAAGGUUCUCGUCGCUAUCAAAAAAAUUAAAAUACAAAAAGAAUACACAGAGGGAAUGGCACCCGAUGCCAUCCGCGAAUUGAAGCACCUCCAAGAAAUCUCCCACCCUAAUGUAAUAUCUCUCCUCUCAGUAUUCUCUUCUAAAGACCAAAACCUGAACCUCGUCCUCGAAUUCUUACCCCUCGGGGAUCUUGAAAUGUUGAUCAAAGACGUUGAUGGCGUACGGUACGGUGCGGCCGAUAUAAAAGCUUGGAUGGGCAUGCUCAGUCGAGCCAUCUGGUUUUGUCACGAAAACUUCGUUCUACACCGCGAUAUCAAACCAAACAAUUUGUUGAUUGCCGCAGACGGAGAGGUCAAACUUGCAGAUUUUGGUUUGGCGAGAAAUUUCGCAGAUCCCCAGCGAACUAUGACAUCGAAUGUUAUCACACGUUGGUAUCGACCACCUGAGCUGUUGUUCGGCGCCAGGCAUUAUUCCGGCGCUGUGGAUAUCUGGUCAGUCGGACUUGUAUUUGCCGAAAUGCUUUUAAGAAUUCCAUUUCUAGGUGGUGAAACUGAGGUUCAUCAGGUCUCUCUAAUCUGUCAAGCUAUCGGUACACCAACUGAAGAUAAUUGGCCGGGAGUCACCAAAUUACCAGAAUACACAGUGCCCGACCCACCAAACCCAGUAGCUCCACGAGAAAACUAUUUGGGCAUGUUUGGAACAGCUGGGCCGGAGGGAGUAGAUUUGUUAAUGAACAUGUUGAUACUGGAUCCCAGUAAAAGAAUCACGGCGAGGCAGGUUUUAGAACAUCCUUGGUGGGCAUCAGAUCCUAAACCUACAAAAAAUCAAGAUCUUCCAAAGAAGAGAGGUGGCGAGGAAAAGAUGGGAGAGGAUUUGAAGAGGAGACCAGGACUAGUAGAUGAUGAUCGGACGAGUAAGGUAGCGAGGAAGUUGGAUUUUUCUUCUAUGAGGUAAAGUUUUUGGGUCACCAAACAUUACGCGGCGUAUAUUGUCACCUGGCGUCAAGGAUGAGGCGUCAAGGAGGAUUGGAAAGUGGACUUUGCAGACAAGGAGGCAAGAGAGCCUGUUCGUGAAGCUUCUAUCGAAAGAUUAGACCUCAAUAGAGAACAGACGUGCACCUCUUGCUCUCGCUGGUGGUACUAGAUCUGAGUACAAAGAAGUUGCAUUUGAUGCUGCAUUCGUUCUUCUCCCAGAACCAGCUACAGAAAGUACUGAAUCUACUGGAACAGCGCAAGAGUGGAAACUAUAUAGUCAUUAUAAUAACAAUGAAAUUUAUUCCAUCAUAUUCAUUGGUCUC